AUGGCCAAAAUGUGUGUAGCCAUAGCGGCCGUGCUGGCCGUGGCGGCUCUUCUUCAAACCUCAGCCACGGGGACCGAGUACAUCGUCGGGGGUGAGCAGGGGUGGAAGGUCCCGCCUGAGGAUGGGACGCCCUACAAGACAUGGGCUGAGGACAAGAGCUUCAAAGUCGGCGAUGUUCUGGUGUUCGACUUCUCCAAGGAAGAGCAAGAUGUGACGAGGGUCAGAGACGAGGCGGCAUUCGAAUCGUGCGACUCCACAGACCACAUCUUCCAAAAGACGACCGGCCCGGUCCGCUGGGAAUUGAAAGGCGCCGGGGAGUACUACUUCAUCGGCACCGUGGGCAAGCGCUGCCUCCGGGGACAAAAGCUGGCCAUCAACGUUGCCGACGCCCCCGGCGGCCCGUCCCCUUCGGUGGAGGAUCUUAUUGAAAAGCCGAAACAAGGAACACCCAUCCACUCUUGGAGGAAGACUCCUAAAGAGACGACAUCACAAACUAAAAGAUGUGGACCUAGAUUAAGGGGAAUAAAGCUGUGCCCGUGA